AUGGCUGGACUUAUACGUAUUCAUAAUAUUCCCCGUUCCACCCGGAUCUUGCUCGGAGCCGUGGCGGCCAUUUCCGGGCUCAUUUUCAUUAUAAAGUUCAACACGUAUCGUGAAGAGCUUAUCCUGCCUACCCCAACAAACAGUCCUGACGGAGUUGUUUCUUUCCAGAACAUCCAGGUGCCCUAUUUACAAUUGGUGCCUAGGUUCACGUUGUUCUAUCCGUGGGUGGUUGUGACAGCUAUUUUUGCAGAGGUUUCAAUAAUAGCCCUUAUAAUCUCUGUAGUGGUGCUAUACGUUCUGACCAAAUAUGUAGAGAAGUACUGGAGCUGGAAAGAAGUCAUCAAGUUUGUUUUGGUUGUAGGCUCCAUCACCAACUUUGUGUCUGUGAUUGUUACCAUCGUGAGCAACAUUGCGAGAGGCGAUGUUGCUGGAAUGGACCAGCCGUUGGGUGGAGGCAUUUCGUACUACUUUGGCUUCUUGGUAGUGUUCAAGCAGUUGAUCCCUGAACACAACAUUGUUUUGUUCCAGGGUUUGGUCAAUUUCCGGGUCAAGCAUUUGCCUUUUACAGCACUAGUUGUUGUUGUGUUGUGGUCGGCAUUGGUCACCAGGUCGUUGUAUCCUGUUGUUCCCAGUGUGAAUUCGUUUAUUGUGUCGUACACAUACUUACGGUUCUUCCAGUCGUUUGCUGUCGAUCCGCUUUUGCCCAUCACAAGUGCCAGCUCAGACGCAGCAAACUCCUCGUUGAUUACAGGCGAUGCCUCGGAUACCUUCCAGCUAGUAGAGUUCUUCCCUUCUAUAACCAAACCAUACUUGUCCGUAGUGUUUGACAAGGGCUACGAGUUGUUUGUGUUUUUGGGAGUUGUAACCCCAUUUAACGACGAGUCAGUGGAACAGAGUAACUUGAGAGCACAAAAGAGACAAGAGCAGGUCAGUCAGGCCCAGAAGAGCGUAGCCAACUCGGUUGCAGAGAGAAGAAGACAAGUGGCUCUACAGGUGAUUGAAGAGAGAAUCAACAAGGAAGCUGCAACCUCCAGCACAUAG